AUCAUUACAUGACAUUCCCUCUCAAUUCUAAGCUUGCACAGUUCCCCAUUCCCCAAAUCACCGACAAAUUGGAAAGCUAUAUAAAUCCAAAGAAAAAUAUCAAUAAAUUCCUUUCCUUCAGAUCCAAUCUUCUAAUUCUCACGUACCCAGAAAUCCAGUUCAAAAUUCACACACAGUGAAAUCACAAAUUGAAGUCUGAGUAAAUUAGCCGUAACAAUCUUGUUCUUGAUCAAGAACAAUGAAGGAAGUGAAGAACAGGUGUCUUACAUGUUCAGUAUUUUUUGUCCUGUUCUUCUUAUUCAGUUUAUUCUUUUUCCAAACUAUUGACUACAAAUCGAGGCUCCUUUUAUUCUUCCCCCGUCGGUUCAGCAACAGCACGCUCUGCCACGGCCGAUUAAGGCAGCUGAAAAUAUACAUGUACGACCUUCCGCGGCAGUUCAAUGUCGGAAUGCUCGAUCCGAAGCUGCCAGUGACGGCGGAGAGUAAUUUGGCAUGGAUGGGGAGUGGUGGACUCCGGCGGCAGCACAGUGUGGAGUAUUGGAUGAUGGCUUCCUUGUUGUACGAGGGUAAUGGUGAAAAUGGGUCGACCCGGGAGGCUGUUCGGGUCAUGGAUCCGGAUGAUGCUGACUUGUUCUUUGUGCCUUUUUUCUCUUCGCUCAGUUUUAAUAUUCAUGGCCUCAAUAUGAGUGAUCCAAAUACUGUUGAUCAGAAGUUGCAGCGUGAUAUGGUCAAAAUCUUAAGAUCGUCCAAUCAGUGGAUAAAAUCUGGCGGACGAGACCAUAUAAUCCCCUUGCAUCAUCCAAAUGCUUUCAGACAUUAUCGUGAUAAGGUGAAUUCUUCCAUAUUCAUCAUUGCUGAUUUCGGUCGCACAAUGAACAUAGCUAAACUUGCAAAAGAUGUCGUCGCCCCUUAUGCACACAUGGUGGAAUCAUAUUUCAAUGAUGAUGAAGAGGACCCGUACGAUACUCGUAAGACACUUCUCUUCUUCCGUGGGAGGACUAAAAGGAAAGAGGAGGGAAAGGUUCGUAUGAAACUGCACAAGAUGUUAGUUGGAACACCGGAUGUCAUAUACGAGGAGGGCGAUGCAUCAGAAGAAGGUUUUAAAACUUCCACUGAAGGAAUGCGUUCGUCUAAGUUCUGUCUGCAUCCUGCUGGGGAUACUCCAUCAUCUUGUCGUCUGUUUGAUGCUAUAGUGAGCCACUGCAUUCCUGUUAUUGUGAGUGACAGAAUCGAGCUACCCUUUGAAAAUGAACUCGACUACAAGGAGUUCUCAAUCUUCUUUUCAGUUAACGAGGCAUUGACACCAUCCUAUAUGCUCACUCGGCUCAGGGGGAUUACCGAACAUGAAUGGAUGAAAAUGUGGAGACAGCUUAAAAGCAUUUCUCAUCACUUCGAGUUCCAAUACCCUCCGAAGAAGGACGAUGCAGUCAAUAUGAUUUGGAGACAGUUACGGCACAAACUUCCUGCAAUCAAGCUUUCUGUACACAGAAAUAGGAGGCUCAAAAUACCAGAUUGGUGGUGAUAUUUGUUUAAAAACCUGCAUUUGCCACUUGAAUAUUCAUAGUUAAAUUUUUGCAAAUGCAAGUACAUAGAUAGCAUUCUAGGUACACGGCAGGACACUACUAGACAUUAUGAUAAAUAAAAUUUUUGCUACUUGCUCUUUA